AUGGCACAAGUUGGUCUCACAUCUCCUGUCCCUGCUAUUCUUUGCGGCAAGACGCUCGAGGUCGGUGAGAUUGUCGCACCAUUAGUUAAGCCGGAUAUCGAAAUUAUUCAUUUCAUCAACUCUUACGAGUAUGCAAAAACACAUAUUGGCGAGCUCAUUGGAGGUCAGGUCCCAUCGGAACCCAGUGGCAAUGAUAUCGGCACACACAACUACAGCCAGGCUCCCCGUGUAGUGUUUUUCGGAAGAGUGUUUGAUCACGAACGUGUGGUUGAGCUCAACAAGCUCUUCCGCGGGAAAGGAAACGCCCCUGUGGCUUGGAUUGCCGGCGAUCCUGAUACUAAAUUUCCUGCCAAUCCAGGACCAGACUAUGCAGAAAAGGCGGCACAAAAUGUUGUCAAGGCAUUUUUAAAAUGGAAGGAUUCGGGCGCUAAUAGUGAGGACAUUGUGUAUUAUUAA